AUGAUCUGUGGGCUUUGCUGUGAGGAGAAGCAUGCUCAGGAACUGCAGGCAAGGUUGAAAGGACAACCCAAGGCGGCCAGUCGAAGUAUCGUCACAGACGCUGGCAAUCGCUUCUUGCAGGAGGCUUGCUUGUUGCUACAGAGCAAUCUUGACAAGUUUAACUUGACUGCAGAAUGCUCCGAGUGCGGUGCUCAGUGCGCGUGGGCACCGCCGCAAAAGGCUGGAAGCCUGGAGGCAGGCGGAAACACCUGUACUCCCUGGAGUUGCAGGGGCAAGCUCGCUGGCUGGCUAGAUCCUCAGUCGCUUCCAGCUUUGGUAUGGGUGUUCUCUCUGAAGGCCGCUUCUGAGACUGGAAAGGGUCCGGAUGUGGUGCUGAACGAGUGCGUUCUGUUCAACAAAGACUUCUUCCAGCCCUUAGUGUUCCGGCGCUUAUUGCUAAAAGGAUCCGUGUACCUGAAAGCCCCGCAGAACUUGGUGGAUGGCUUGGUGGACCAGAUGGCGGAGGCUAAAGGCCUCCCGCCGAGACCGCCUGGGCACCACUAUGGCUUCCAAGCGGCCAUGCCCACCGGGGAGAGAAUGCGUAUGCUGACGCAUUUGGAAAAGGUGCAGGAGACAAUGCUGUGUGACUUGGAUGUGAACGCUGAAAUUGCCCAGAAUCCCGGAUACUCCAAGUCUAUGAGCAUCGUGCCCACGCUGGUGCGUAACUCCGUGAUCUACAAUUUUCAGGCCGAUCGCGAGUUCUUGGUUUUGGAGCUGCUCGCUUCUCAGGGCCUGCCGUACUUCUUGCCAGAUGAGCACCCGUUCACACGAGAGAUGCCCGGAGAGUUCUUGAAUGAGCUCGCGAAGAUCCCCGAUAGAAAGCUCAAGUGCAUUUGUGGCAACGCCAUGAACAUGGCUCAGGUAGGAUCCGUGAUUGCAAUGAUAUUUAUGUUUGCCACUCGGCAAGAGCUCUAG